AUGGUCUCUUUCUGGGCCUCGGCCAUUGCGGUAGGGCUGUCUCUUCUUCAAGCAGCAGAGGCACAAACCUACAACGAGCUCUAUCGACCGCGCUACCAUUUUACACCGGCCAAGAACUGGAUGAAUGACCCCAAUGGUCUUCUCUAUCACAAUGGAGUCUACCAUCUCUACUACCAGUAUAACCCUGGCGGAGACACUUGGGGCGCCAUGUCCUGGGGCCAUGCAACAAGCGACGAUUUGACCCACUGGGAGCACCAACCGGUGGCCCUUCAGGCGCGCGGAUACCCAGGUGAAAUCACCGAGAUGUUCUUCUCUGGCUCCGCUGUUGCUGAUACGGAGAAUACGAGCGGGUUUGGUCAGGGUGGCAAGGUUCCUUUUGUGGCCAUGUAUACCUCCUAUUAUCCCAACUCGCGCAAUCUUCCUAGCGGCAAAUCAGCCAAUGGCGGACAGCAAGCGCAGUCAAUCGCAUACAGCGUGGACGAAGGCAUGACCUGGAGAACGUACGACGCUGCCAACCCCGUGAUUCUUAACCCACCAGCACCCUAUGCAGACCAGUGGCGUGACUUCCGAGACCCAUUCGUGUUCUGGCACGAGCUAACGGAGAAAUGGGUGUCAGUAAUCGCGCUAGCCCAACUCCACAAACUGCUCAUCUAUACUUCGCCUAACCUGAAGGAGUGGACGUACACCAGUGAGUUCGGCCCGAUGAACGCUGUGGGUGGUGUUUGGGAGUGUCCCAGCAUCUUCCCGCUAGCCCUCGACGGCGACGAAGCCAAGACCAAGUGGGUUGUACAGAUUGGAAUUAACCCUGGUGGACCCCCUGGUGUCGUCGGGUCGGGGACGCAAUACAUGGUUGGCAGUUUCAAUGGGACUGCUUUCGUUGCGGAUCCGGAUGUUCCGCCUCCAGCUUCAACAUCCACGGCGACCACUACUGCUACGCAGACAUCCACUACCACCUGCAACUGCCCGAGCGAAACUGGAACAUCAGGAAACGUCACGUUCCAAGACUUCGAGGGUACAGCCAACUUUGCCUCGCGCGGCUGGGUUGCCACGGGCGGCCUGGUCGGAGCUGCGCCGGCUCAGGGGACUCUUCCCGGCCAGCAAACAGUCUCUGGCUAUGCUGGUUCUCGCCUCGUCAAUACCUUCCUGAGCGGAGACUCCACCACCGGCACGCUCACCUCGCCGUCGUUUACAAUCACGCGACCGCUUAUCAAUUUCUUGAUUGGUGGUGGCAACGCACCAGGCGCGGAAUGUAUCAACUUGAAGAUCCAGGGGCAGACCAACCCCGUGCGGACGGCCACAGGCCGCAAUGAGGAGAGGCUCCUACCGCAGACCUGGGAUGUCACCGAGUACAUUGGGCAGACUGCCGCCUUGGAGAUUGUGGAUUCGCAGACGGGCGGGUGGGGGCAUAUACUCAUUGACCAGAUAACGUUCACCGGAAAUGCUCCCACCCAGCCGCCGCCCACCGGCGGAGCGGGUUUGUGGGAUUUCAAUGGCACCGCUACCUACGAGAGUCGCGGGUGGACUGCUACUGGGGAUCUGGUCGGCAAGAGCCCAGCGCAAGGCACCCUGACGGGACAGAAUGUCGUCUCUGGUAACCGCGGAAAUCUAGUCAACACGUUCUACAACGGCGAUGCGACAACGGGAACUCUAACGUCGCCCACUUUUACAAUCACCAAGAAGAAUAUCAACUUCCUCAUCGGCGGCGGAAAUGCUCCCGGUGUGCAGUGCAUCAACCUCAAGGUUGGCGGCCAGGUUGUCCGCACCGCCACGGGCAGUGACAGUGAACAGCUCCUGCCAAAGAGCUGGGACGUGACACAGUUUGUUGGUUCGAGCGCGGUCAUUGAGAUUGUCGAUUCCAGCACAGGCGGAUGGGGCCAUAUCCUCGUGGAUGAAAUCUCCUUCUCGGAUGCAUCGGCUGAGCCACGGGGCACCAACUGGAUGGACUGGGGACCUGACUACUAUGCUGCGGCACCAUUCAAUGGAUUGCCGGCUGCUGAGCGCACCAAUAUUGCCUGGAUGAACAACUGGCAAUACGCGACCAGGAUUCCUACAUUCCCCUGGCGCAGCAUGCUCUCCAUCCCGCGGAAACUGUCACUCAAGACCAUCAAGGGGUGGCCGACUCUCAUCCAGCAACCUGUGGCCAACUGGGCCAACCUGCAGACAGGAACGUACUCUGAUGCUCUGGCCACUGUAGCUGAAGGAACGCGAUCCGUUCCGCUUUCUUGGAAAUCCCUCGAUAUCACCGUGACAUUCUCCGACCGGAACGCGGGCUCAUUUGGGUUCCUCCUCAGAGCAACAUCUGACCAGGCGCAGCAGACCCGAAUCGGGUACGACUUUGGCACAAAGAGGAUCUUUGUUGAUCGGACCAAGUCUGGGAACGUCGGCUUUGACGGGACUUUUUCGAACACUUAUUACGCACCGCUGGCUCCUGGUAGUGAUGGCAAGGUCACCCUGCGCAUCCUCCUUGAUUCAUCCUCGGUUGAAGUCUUCGGUGGAGUGGGCGAGGUCACAUUGUCCGCGCAGAUCUUCCCGCAGGACACGGGUGUUGAUGCUCGGCUUUUCUCGACUGGUGGCAGUACAAGUAAUGUCGCAAUCGAUGCAAAAGUUCUGGGGUCCAUCUAUGAUCAGCCUCCAAGCAGCUCCAGCAGUAUCAGUAGCACGACCAGUACAACCAGCACUACGAGCAUUAAAACCACCGUGACAAGCACCACACUGACCACGACCACGAGUGCCACAAGCACAAGCACACGCACCAGUGCCCGCCCCACCGCUACUACUCCCGUCGACUACCGACCCGUGUUCCACUUCGUCCCCGACCAGAACUGGAUGAACGAACCCAACGGCCUGAUCAAGAUUGGAUCGACAUGGCACCUAUUCUUCCAACACAACCCCACUGGGAACUUCUGGGGGAAUCUCAGCUGGGGCCAUGCAACCAGCACGGAUCUCAUAUCCUGGGACCAUAAACCAGUGGCGAUCUCCAGUGCAGACGGGGUACAGGCCUUCACGGGGACUGCAUAUUUCGACGAACAGAAUCUAUCUGGAUUGGGGUCGGCGUCGAACCCGCCAUACCUCGCGUUCUAUACGGGAUACUUCCCCUCGACGGGGGUGCAGGAUCAGCGGCUGGCGUAUAGUCUCGACCAGGGUGUUACAUGGAUCAAAUAUGCGGGCAAUCCCAUCAUCUCGAAAGCCCAGGAAGAGCCGCAUGAUAGCACCAAGGGUCUGGAAACCCGGGAUCCCAAGGUCUUCUUCCAUAAGCCAUCGAACAGGUGGGUCAUGAUCCUCGCACACGGCGGCCAGAAUAAAGUGACCUUCUGGACAUCCCCUAAUGCACUGGACUGGACCUGGAGAAGCGACUUCACUGCUAGUAACAUCCCCAACCUACCAGGCGGAGUCAAGUGGGAGGUUCCGGACUUCUUCGAGCUCACUAUCCAAGGCACAACGCAGAAGAAAUGGGUGAUGAUAGUCACCCCUGCGGAUGGUUCACCCGCUGGCGGCAACGGCGUCUUUGCAGUCACUGGGUCUUUCAACGGUGCAGUCUUUACAGCGGAUCCCGUUGACCUCAGCCCCGGCGCAUUCUGGCUCGACUACGGUCGCGACUGGGACGGGGCGCUUAUGUGGGAGAAUGUUCCCGCGAGCGAUGGUCGUGUCAUUCUUGCCUCCAUCAUGAAUAGUUAUGGUGGAGACCCUCCAACAAAUACCUACAAGGGCAUUCUGUCGUUCCCCCGCACACUGGAGCUCCAGCAGGUCAACGGCAAGCUGCGAUUCCGGCAGCAGCCCGUGGAUGAGAUCAAUAACUACGCGUGGCCCCUUGCGCAGAUCAAGAAUCAAAACAUCGCCCCGAGACAGACAUUGCUCUCCAACAUCCGCGCCAGGACACUGGAUAUCGAAAUGACCUUUACACCCUCCCCCGGCUCCACACUCACUCUGGCCGUUAGAAAAUCAGGUUCGCAACAGACCCUUAUCAGGUACGCGCAGAGCUCCAGCCAGCUCUCGGUCGAUCGCAACGCGAGCGGGAAUACGUCAUAUAACUCUGCCGCGGGCGGCGUCCACACUGCGACUGUGAAGCCUGCUGCGAAUGGAGAGGUCCACUUGCGUGUCUUGGUUGAUGUGUCCGCUAUCGAGGUAUUCGGAGGACAGGGCGAGGUUGUGAUUUCGAACUUGAUCUUCCCUGACGUCUCGGCUGAUGGUCUUUCCCUCGAGGUGGCUGGAGGAUCGGUAGCGUUGGGCCAGGUAGUAGUGCGCGAGAUUCUGCUUUGA